AUGUGGGAUAUCAUACAGACUUCUUCACGCUCUACCGCUUUCCUUUGGCAGCGAGGCCGUUCUUCACAAUGUCCUGUUCAGAGGAUUGUAGGUACAAAGAAGAUCAUAUCAGGAGCUCAACGUAUCCACGACGCAGAUUUCUUGAAGCAAAGUGCAGUGGCCAAGGGAAUUGGUGUCAAGACAAUAUCCACCUACCUAGAGUCAUUCAAGUACGGCAUGCCUCUGCAUGGUGGAUUCGAAGCAUGUCUGGAUCGUGUGGUGAUGCUAUUCUGUGGGCUCAAGAACAUUUGCAAAGUGUCCCUUUUUCCGCGUGACCCUAAGAGGCUUGGACCCUAG